AUGCAGCAAACAAACAUGAAAGAAGGAGAGAUGGGUGACCAAGAAUCAUUUCCUAUGACCGGUGGAGAUGGUGAAUACAGCUACACCAAAAAUUCCAGUCCCCAGAAAAGGGCUGCUGAUCGCGCCAAACCCAUGCUUGCGGAAGCAAUUGGAGAAAACCUUGACAUAGUACCUGGCUCUCCUACAAAAUCAAUCUCCAUUGCUGAUUUAGGGUGUUCAGUUGGAAACAACACCUUCAUUGCAGUGAAGAACAUAAUAGAAGCCAUACAAGAAAAGUACCAAAAACAAGGCCACACUUCUUCCCCCUUGGAAUUUCAAGUGUUCUUCAGUGACCAUGCUUCCAAUGACUUCAAUCUCCUUUUUUUGAGUCUUCCAACAGAUCGGCAAUACUUUGUUUGUGGAGUACCAGGCUCUUUCUAUACCAGAUUGUUUCCCAAGGCCUCUCUCAAUGUUAUUCACUGUUCAAGUGCACUCCAUUGGCUUUCCAAGGUCCCCCCGGAGCUCGGUGACCUAAAGUCUCCUUGCUGCAAUAGAGAGAAGAUUUUCUAUGCAAAUGCACCUAAAGAAAUUGGUGAGGCUUAUGCAGCACAGUAUGAAAGAGACAUGGAAACAUUUCUAGGCGCUCGGGCGCAAGAGCUUGCUCCCGGGGGGUUGAUGGUGCUUCUGAUUUCCGGUCGCAUUAGUGGGACACUUCCUGGAAAGUCAUCACUUGGCCCCCAGUUCGAACCCUUGGAAUCUAGCCUUGUAGAUAUGGCUAAUGAGGGAAUUAUAAGCAAGGAUAAGUUGGCCUUAUUUAACUUGCCCAUGUAUAGCCCAUCACCAGAAGAGAUAGAGAAAAUAAUAGAAAGAAAUGGGAAUUACAUUGCGAAGAAGAUUGAGAAGAUGCCGGAUAGGACUUUCGGUUUGUUUAAAAAGCAAGAGUGCAGAGCAGGGUUUGAGGCACUGAUCAAGGCACACUUUGGGAGUGAGAUUCUCGAUGAACUCUUCGAUCGAUAUGAAGCCAAAGUCACCGGCCGCCCCCCUCCCGGAGUUGCUGAAGGCAUUGGAAUGGGAAUUUUCAUUCUUCUCAAACGCAAACAAUGAUUACCAUCUCCAUCCAUCUUCUUCCUAUUAAUUUCCUUAGAUUAAUACAUAUAUAUUUAUGAAAUGAUUUUAUUUAUAUAUCUGUUGAUUGUUGUUCUUUGUUUUGAAUAAGUAUCUCUU